AUGCAACCCGACGACCAUGGCACUACGAAUUCACCCACAGCAGCCUCCAUACUCGGAAUAAAGGGCCACUUGCGUUUGCGUCCGCACGGUUCAAGCCAGAAAGCCCACAUCGUGUUGCGACGUGUGGAACUGAACAAAGACUCUGGGGAUGAAGGAGAUGAUGGGAAUGUGGUAUACUUCAGUCUCUUUGCUCAAAAGCGGAUUGAAGUGAAACCUGGGAAGGAGAUUCUGCUCACGAUUGGGGACGGGCCGUUCAAAGACCAGGCGAUCAUCUUUGAAGGAGACUUACCGAGCGAGCCCUCGCUUUCCGACGAAGAAGAGGACACCCAAGUUGCUGAAGAUGAAGAUGACCUUCCGCCCACAGACCAUCUCAUUCCCCCCAAAAUGCGCAAGCCCUGGAUCAAGCGAGUGGAAGGGCCGGUCGUUAUUGACUCUGUACACACGCCAAUGCUAAAUUACCAGUCUGUGGCAAUCCAAGCACAGCCUGAAAUGACGGCAGCUUCAGUACAAGCCGUGUCGACUACUCCCGAGCGUAUCUCGACAGCCUCGCAAACACCUACUCGAGAGCAUUCCUCAGAUAUGUCUAUCCAGACAGAUUCAUCUCUUCUAUCUCCCGUACCCGAAAUUCCUACAACGGAGGCGUUUGUUGAAAUCGAUACAACCUCGAUUCAAGAGGCGUCAUUGUUGGAAACAAAUCAACAAUCGGACCGAGAGCGCAGUCUUUCUCCUAUGGAGCUCGAUUCUCCUCCUAGCAGUCCAGCACAGUCACCUAUCCGUACGCCUACGGAUCUUCCCCCCUCGCUAUCUCAGGAAAGAUUCAUUCCCGGCCUGCAAUUCUCGCAGAGUGAGGCACACAUCAACACUAUUUCUUACCAGAGUGCCACAUCACCCAAAUCAAAAUCCCCUGUCACCGCGAUUCGGCAACCCCUUAUCGUGACUGCAGCCCCAUCACGCUCACCUCUCCUUACGAAUACUGUUCGUCAGAAUGGUGCAUCGACGUAUGUGGACCCCUCCGUCGUCACGAGUGCUCCGUGUCAGACCACAAAAGCAUCGUCUAAUAACUCGCAACAACCAUACAGCCUGCAGACACCUCCAGCAUCCCGUUCACCCUCUCUCAUGCCUCGCCGCAGAGCGGGUUCAACUUCUCAUCAGCCUCUCCCACCACAGCAUAUCGCGUUUUCACAACAAUCUGCAUUAGCAGACUCGUCACAUUCAUCACCGUCUGCUCUAGCCGACAUCGGUGUUUAUACCAGAACUGCUUCGGUCAAAGCGAAUAAGCGCAAGCAUGUUGUGAACCCAUUUGUUUCUGGAGGGUUCAUGACCGACUUCGUCGGUUUACCUUCUCAACCUACACCCGAAAAACCUGUGUUGUAUGAAGAUCGGCUUCGGAAGCCUGACACUAUGGCAAAGGAUGCACAUAUGCCAAAUGCUCAUACGUCUGUCAAGCGCGAAGGCUCACCUCACUCAUCGAAAGUCUUGAAGGCCUCACAAAGUCCCGUGACAUCCACCAGUAUGUUCAUCUGUUCUGCCAACUUGGCACUCACAACCGCAAUCGCCCCGCCCUACCCCAGAGGCAUCAUCGACCAGUUCAACGUCUUCAAUCCUGGCAGUGAUGGGCUUUGA